UAACAAAAAAAAAAACAAUAACAUGCAGCAUUUAGAAUACCCUUCUUCAUUUUCCACAGAAGAAAUAUGAAAUGGUCUUCAAAGAAUCAAGAAUCUAGGGUGGGACCAGACACAGAAAACAAGGUGAAAGGUUGGCAAUAGACAUGGGCUUCAACCCAAAAAGCACUGGCACAGAACAAGGCGGACCAGUUUACUCUGUCAACAAAAAGCAACCUGCAACACCCUGUCAGCAUUACAAACAGACAGACUGGACUAUUUAAGCUCAAAUAAAAUUAUUGCACAUUAGAUUCUCCAUACCAAAGUUUAAAAAUAGUUUGAAGCAAUAAUUUGAACGAGAUAACAGACUAUCACACUAAAAUUAUAAAUCCUUAUUUUCAUUAUCAAACCGUAAUAUUAAGAUUAUUGGGUAAUUAAGAAAUCAUAAUUAAAUAUUAGCACACAGCAGAUGCAAUAUGAAACACUGUAAUGCAAUAUCCAAUUUAAUCAUUUACUGUCCUGAAGUCUAAAGUAGCUAAAGGAACAUUACCAUGGACAAUAAAGAUAAAAUAGAGCUGUAUUUUGAGCUGUAUUUUAUUACGUGUUACACGUAAGCAACAACUAUACUUGUGGAAACGAGUGAAUGAAUCAGGGUCUUGGGUCAGCUUUAUGAGGUAACGAACCAAAGCAUUAUUAAUAUCAAGUCUGUCCUAAAGCGAACUUUAGUAAAGGAAGGUCAGACUCGUAUCAUUGAAUCGAUUCUUUCGCAUUUAAAAGAACCGGUUCGAAAGCAAGAAUAGAUUCAUCGACUCUUUUAAAUCUUAGCAAAAAUAGCUAGCGCGUUUACAUUUUUUCAUUUAUUAGAUUACUAGUAUGUGUAAAACUGCAAUAUCAAGUCACACACAUACUUGCAGUGAGUUCAUUUGCAACAUUUCUCAUAACAUAAUACCUUUGAGUGUGAAACACGAUAGUCUACCAUUUCGAAAGAAGAAGAUUGAGGGAAUCGUUUUAUCCGAGUUUGUGAACAGUUCUAAACGACUCAUUAAAACGAUACAAACGAAUGAUUCAUUCGUGAACCGAACAUCGUAAUAAACCUUAGAUGUUUCUAAAUAUGACGUGGCGCUUAUGGGAGAAGUGUUUUCUUUCCCUCGUAAUAAUUAAUAAUAGUGAUAAUCUGGGCAUGUAUUAACUCCAAUUCACACUACACGUACACGUUAGGUGAGAAAGAACAAUAACAAGAGCCUAUAUAGUAACCUUUACGACACGAAGAAAACAUGUUAACCCAGCGAAAGGAACUUCGAUUUAGGAAACUAAAAAAAACAGGCAGAUGUUGCUUUGAAGAUGAUUGCGUGAAAAUAAGACGGCAGCCCAUCAAACGACAUGACGUUAGGUGUGAACAUGAGCAAGGCGAAGUCGAGUAGGGACCGAAGAAUCGCUCCACUCGGCGUCUCAAGGGUGACUCGCAGUUCUAAUAACCCUCAGGAAUGUCAGCGCUCUAAACCCACAGAUUCAGGCCUGGUUGAUGACCUCAGCCUCAUGAGCGUGAGUGAACAGCAGGCCUCAUUAGCACGGAAAGGGAAGAGUCCAUCUCUCAGCACCAAAGCCGUCCUCUCCUCGCCGUCUGGCAGCUCUGUCCCGCGCGGGGCUUUGGAAACUGUCGGCCGGCUGAUGAAGCUGGGCCGGGUUCGAAACAUUGUGGUGGUUGCUGGAGCAGGUAUCAGCACGGCCAGCGGUAUACCAGACUUCAGGACACCAGGGACGGGUCUUUAUGCUAACCUUGCGAAGUAUGACAUCCCUUACCCAGAGGCCAUCUUUAACAUUGACUACUUCUCUGACAACCCUCAUCCUUUCUUCUCAUUGGCUAAAGAGCUGUACCCUGGACAUCACCGUCCAAACUACGUUCACUAUUUCGUCCGUAUGCUGCAUCAGAAGGGCCUGCUGCUCCGCAUGUACACUCAGAACAUUGAUGGGCUCGAAAAACUGUGCGGUAUCCCGGAUGACAAGCUUGUGGAGGCUCAUGGGAGUUUUGCCACUGCUGCCUGCCAUCUCUGUUACACACCUUAUCCUGCCGAGGAAGCCAAGCAAGCUAUAAUGAAUGGCAGUGUUCCCAUCUGUACAUUUUGUGCCGGGGCUGUCAAACCCAAUGUUGUGUUCUUUGGUGAGGAUCUGCCAGAAAAGUACUUUCAACAUGCUGAAGAUUUCCCAAAAGCUGACCUUCUUAUGAUCAUGGGCACUUCUUUAAAGAUCGAGCCUUUCGCCAGCCUGGUCAACACGGUGAAGUCCACAGUUCCUCGUCUGCUGCUGAACCGCUAUCCAGUCGGGCCCUUUGAACGUAGGCCCCUGAGAAGGGCUGACUACAUGGAGCUGGGAGAUCUCUCCGAUUCUGUCCAAAAGCUUGCCGAGAUCCUGGGAUGGCACACUGAGAUCCAUGACCUCAUGAACAGCCAUGAAAAUGGGCUUUCUUACACCGACCCCAGCAAUAGCAGCGGUGAGAACAGUGACUCCUCAGAGACCGACAGCAUGCACUAAUGUCAUUAUCAGCCGUGCUUUGUAUGUUUAAAAUAUCACAGAGUAUGACGAUGGACACCUGGCAAGGCUUCAAAACCCACAGUGAUGUUUAUGUAUAUCGUUACGUCUGAAUGUUUUAGGAUGUCAUUGUUCUUACCAGUAGUAACAGCUGGCUUUACCGUAUGCGGGCAGAUAAUCUGCAGCCAUGUUGGAUCAGACAGGGAAACUUGACCUUGUCUCUGGCGGGAUUAGACUCUUAUUUUUCAGUUUUAAAUAAUUCUUCAUAAUGUCUGCUGCUCAUGUUGACUGAAAACCUGCAUCUAGCUUUCGUCUAAAUUCUAGCACUUAUACUCUUUAUGGAAAGCCCAGAUGAAUAAGCAUAGAACUGUAAUUACAUCAAAACUGCACAUCUUGAUUCAGAGAUACAGACCUGUUCAGACUGACUAUUUUUAGGUAAAAGUACGUUUUUAUCAGACCCUUAAAUGUGGCACUUAUUUUGUUAAAGACCACUAAUUAUUUUUGGACAGCGUUCUACUAACUACAUUCAAACUGUAUUUAAGAUUUGGAUCUUUAUUUGGAAAGGUUGGUAGUGUGCAGAGUUAAUAUGUAAAAUUGGAAGUAUGUUUGUAUAUAAAUGUUUGCUAGUAAAUCGUUUGGUAUCCAGCAAGUCACGGUUUGGCCCCAUCAAGUGAACGGUGCUAAAUUAGUAUGGGAGGCGUGACCUCCCAAGUGUGCAGUGCCCCCACUGUGUGUGUUUUCACAGGCGCUGCAGCCUCUAAGCAGGAGCUCCAACCCCCCCCCAAAACCCUAAUAAAUGUCUUUGGUCAGCAACAAAGAACCCCAAUAUCCUGCUGCUGUUUAUGUAUGUGUGUGUGUGUGUAAGGUUUUGCGUAUGAGAACAGUUGUGAGUGCAAUUUUUGAUUUUUGCACAGGGUCAGUGAAGUAGCUGGUUAUUAUCACACUGCUGUAAUCAUACCGGUUCAUGUCCCUCAGGGAUUGUGGCACAUUUUAAGAAAUAUGGACAGCCAGAAUGCCUACUAAAUGUUUCGGGCCAUCUCAUUUUUUUUUUUUUUCAAUCAUUGUUUCUGAAUCAUAGAAUGGUUUUGUUUAAAACUGGACCCUCUUGGCUCUAUAUGAUUGUUAGUAGUUAAAGCUUUUUGGUUUUCUUUGCAAUUUGUAGUUCUGAAUAAUAAAAUGCUGCUUUUUUAUCAUGUUAAUAAAGAUUGCUUAUGGUAUUUAAUAAAUGUA